UGGCCGACCCUGGCGAGGACCUGUUUGCUAAGCUAACAUGCCUGACAUGAGAAUCAAAAUUGCCGGGUACUUGCAUGCGAACGGGUUCUGCUUCACUUGAAGCCGCUCAAGGGGUGAGACAGCUCGCUCGCUGCGCAGCACGUACAGUGCCUUCCACCUUUCCCACAGGAUUUCUGGGCCAUGGGCUCUCGCGGACUGCAUGGUGGCGCAGCUGCCGUGGCCAGCGCACCAGUUUGUGGAUUAUUGGGGCCGCGCCGAGUCAUGGCGCUCGCUGCCGCUGCCGCAGCGGCUCAAGCUGCUGCGCCUGGCCGCCUCCAUCCAUGACGCCGCUAGCCUGGAGGCCGCGCUGGCACACAGCGGCGUCAGCCUGCUCCACGAGGCUGUGGCCUCGGCCGCGGCGGUGGGCGCCAUCCUGGCGCCGGAGGUUCUGCUGCGUCGCGAGGCCGGCAGCCUGAACCCCACCACGUUAUACGUCGCCUGCGCCCAGGGCCAGCUAGACGCGCUUCGCUGGCUGGCUUCCAGCAGCGACUUCCUGGGCGCGGCGAUGCGCCACCCGCUCCAUCUGGGUCACGCGGCGCAGGAGGCCUGCCACGGCGGCCACGCCGCCGUGCUGAGCUGGCUGCGACAGGAGCUGUCCCACAAUCCCGGCGUUGACGACCUGGUGCAGUUGGCCGCUUGCGCCGCCCGCAACGGCCACGCGGCCCUGAUGCAGGAGCUGCUACCGGAGGUGGCGCUGGGCUGCACGCUGCCGGAGUUGCAGCACUUCUGCGGUCAGGCUCAGCUGCCUGGCGGGGGGCAGCUGCUGUCCGACGAGGUGAAGGUAGAGGCGUUGGCGCGCGCCGCCGGCAGCCCCACGCCCGACUGGCGGCAGAAGACCAAAUGGCUGCUGACAGAGUGGGGCUUGCCGCCUGCCGUGCCCGCCGCCGCCGCCGCGACCGCCUCGGCGCUCGUCGUUGAGGCGGGUGCCGGAGCAGGAGCGGGAGCGGGAGCGGGAGCGGGAGCGGGAGCGGGAGCGGGAGCGGGAGCGGGAGCGGGACCCGCCGCAGGGGCGGUGCCGCAGCCGCCGCCGCCGCCACCUGCAGCGCCGCGCAGCGCCACCAGCCUGAUGGCAGAGGCCAUGUGUUGCCAGGAGCUGUACAGCUCCUGCUCCCGCGGCACCGACGCCGCCUAUCUAGAGCGCCUUACUGCAGUGCACGCCGCCGCGCCCAGGCUUCACUUCCCCGCCGCCGCCGCCGCGGCCGCAAUCGAGGGCGGCCACGCCGCCUCCCUGUCCUUCCUGCUGGACGCUGGCGGCGUGGCCGUGAGCCGGGAGCUUGUGGACAAGGCGGUGCGGCACGGGCACGCGGGCGUGUUGGCAGCGCUGCAGGUGGUGUUUGCGGCACGCCACUGGAAGCUGGCGCUGCAGAUGUGUGACUGCUGGAUCCUAGGGCCCAUGCGCUUCCUGGUCGCGGACCCGGCGGCCCUGGCGCGCCGCGAUGCAGCGAAGGCGCCGGGCUGGGGCGCCUGCCUCUCGGAGGCGGCCAGGGGCGGCGCGGAGCUGGAGCUGCUGCGGCGGCUGCACGAGCUGCACGGCGCGCCCAUUGACCUGGUGGCGGUGCUGGAGGGCGGCAGCGUGGAGGCGCUGGAGUGGGCGCUGGCGCGGCUGGGGCCGGAGGCAGCAGGCCUGCAGGUGGUGGACAAGGCGACCCUGUGGCGCAUCGCGCUCCGCACGCCCGCCAUGGCCGACCUCGCCCUGGACCGCCGCCUGGCCCCGCGGCCGCCCGGGCUGCGGCUGGUGCUGCGGGAGGUCCGACAGGUGGAGGUGUUUGCGCCCUUCUUCGGGGCACUCAAGUGGUGGCUGGACCUGGGUCGGCCGCACGAGCGCAUUGCGGCCGAGGCCUGGUAUGGCGUCGUGGCCCUGCUGAGGCGGCUGCGCGCGGUGACGCCCGUGCAGCUGGAGUGGGUGCUGUCGAGGGCGCCGGCUGAGGUGCGGCCGAACAUGGAGGCCAAGAUUAAUGAGAUGGCGGAGCUGGGGGCGCAGAUGAGGAAUGGGAUGGGAAUGGGGAUGGGGAUGGGACUGGAGGGUGGCCUGUUCGGCGGGGCAGGCCAGGAGGGCGGAGAGGGGGCGGAGGAGGAGGAGGAUGGUGAGGAGAGUGAGUGGGAGGAGGUGUGAUCCGGCAGCGGUGUGUAUGCGGCAAUCAGUACAACGGAUGGUGAUAUCACAUGCUGAAGCAGUGCAGUGGCAAGCUGCGGAGGUUGGAGGCUGUGACGCACUUGGACACCAGAUGCAUUAUGUACUUGGGCUGUCGCGAGGGGACGUGGAUUGACGGAGUAUGUAAGUUAUGGUGCGUGCAAGUCUCACGUGUUGCUUGUGUGUGGCUGUGUGCCCCGUGCACUGCUUGACUGCUACCCGUUGCACCUGCAGCUGCGAUGCAGAGAGAAUGCCAUACCGUUGUGCCUGCAUGGAGGUAUCAGCGGCGAGUGUGGCCAGCUUCUUGCCCGCGCACAGCUUAGUCAGUUGGCGAGUUGUGCGUGGAGAUUGUAUGUAUGGAGUGGAAUGAACCAUACAUGGGCGGAGAGUGAAGGGACACAUGGGUGCGGUGCGUGGAUGCAGGGCUUGCAUCUUCCAGGGGUUGGCCGUGUGCAAGGGCUGCCGUACGAGGGAACUGUAUAUGUGCGGUGGGAGGAGCGAUACGAGGGAUCAUGGAUGGGCCGUGACACGUACGAGAUCCACUUU